AUUGGGCACUAAGAGCACAGAGAAGGGCGCCUCAGCUCUCAUGACAAUAGAGUUGGACAAAGAAAAGGCUCAACAGGUCCGGGUGUCGGAGCACAGAGAAGAGCCAUGUUUUCUGAAUAUAUUCAACGGAUCUUUCAUUAUAUUGAGGGGAAAGAGGGGACAGACUUCCGCCAAAAACAAUUGGCAAUUGUUUUACGUGAGGGGUGUUGUGCCAAACGAGGCCACUCUCGUGGAGGUGGAGCCCCGGGUUCAGAGCUUACGAAGCCGUACGGCA